AUGAGGUCCAAGUCAAGACUCCUCCUACCUCUCCUUAUUACCGGGGUUGCCAGCGAUAUGGUACACUCACCUCGACAGGCUGUGGACCUCAGCCAAGCAGAGGCAUUGCCUUCUUGCGUGCUAACCCUUCAGACAACAUGCUCAACCCAGCUGUCACCCACCUACGGGUGCCAGCCCAACACAGCUUGUUUCUGUACAAACUCACAGCUAUCCACCGCGUUGGAAGCAUGCAUCACCGCAAACUGCACAAUCCCAGAAGGCAUUGCAGCAAAGAAGUUCCAGGCCGAGACUUGUGGCUAUUCCGUUCGAAGUCAAGUUGAUACCGGUGAGGCUGUUCUGUGGGCCUUCUUCACGAUCGCCAUCAUCUUCAGCAUCCUGCGAUGUGUUUCGCGCUGCCGGAUGCUCGGUGGUGCUGGGUACUGGUGGGACGACUGGACCUGUCUCGUGUGCGUCUUACCGAUGAUCGGCAUCACGAUCACGGGAUACCUGGGCUACCAGCAUGGAAUGGGACGAGACUAUUGGGAAGUGGGCGCCAGUGGCAUUGAAGAGUCAACAAAGGUCUUCUACGCCGGCGAGCCGCUCUAUGUCGCUGUAGUGUUUGGCACAAAAAUCAGCUUGGUCCUGCUAUACCUGCGGAUCUGGUCAAAGGACUCUCGAAACCUCAACAUGGCUUGCUGGAUUGUCAUUGGUCUACUCGCCGCACUUUUUGUCUCGUUCGAGUUUGCCACCAUCUUUCAGUGCAUUCCGAUCAGCUACAACUGGACAUCUGUCGUCGACCGCACAGUCACCGGAUCAUGUACCGAUAGACUAGCUCAAGUCUACACAGCAGCCGCCUUCAACAUCUUCUUUGAUGUUCUUGUCCUGCUCUUACCGGUGCCGAGCCUCCUCAAGUUGAACAUUAGCUGGAUGAAGAAGCUCGGUGUUGGCAUUGUCUUCCUAGUCGGGAUCCUUGUCACGAUUUGUUCCAUCGUACGCCUCAGCUACCUCUCCAAGUAUGGAAACUCCACCAACAUCACUUGGAAUUAUGCGUACAUCGGCAUGUGGAGCUUGCUCGAGGUUCAUCUGAGCGUAGUAUGUGUCUGCGUCCCUGCUGCCGCCGGUCUCUUUUACCGAACAUGGAGGCACCAACAGAGGAGGAGAUGA